UUCCCUCUCUCUCUCUCUCUCUCUCUAUCUCACUGCUAGUUAAAUAUAUAGAACGUAUACAUAAUCCAAUAUAUAAAUUUCUACACGUGCACAGUAUAUGACGCGUGGAAAGUUCGCCUAAUUUUGUCCGGUGCCACAGGGACGUAUUAAUAGACACCUAGUGAGGGUAAUGCAUACACGGUCUCACUAUGCCCAGAGUAAGGAAGACGCAGCAUUGAUUAUCUAUCUAGUUAGAGGGAUACAUUGGAUCAUAAUACAGCGUGGGAUAUUAGAUUCUCGGCUUCUUAGUCACACGAGUCACAGUCCUUAUUAUUAGAAUCACACGCAAAACAUAUUCGCAAGAUACGCUCCUCCAUGAAUGUUGGAUAUUAGCACUGGGUUCACUGUCUAUACUCCGUUGAAGCUAACGCACUGUUGUUUCGUUGCGGUUCAUGAAAAUGCUUCAGUCUAAUACAAGAAUUAAGAAUGGGAGAAAAAACUUUCAAUCUCACCUGGAACAAUCAUCUGGCUAACCUCUCGGGACUUUUUGAGGGUCUGUACAAAAGUGGUUCUCUUACCGAUACCACCCUGGCUUGUCAGGGUGGUAUGUUAAGAGCGCACAGACUGGUCCUGGCUGCUUGCAGCCCUUAUUUCGAGAGAGUCUUCAAGGAGCACUAUGGCGAACAGCCAAUACUUAUAUUGAAAGGAGUGGCCGUAGAAGAGAUGGAAUGCCUUCUGGACUUCAUGUAUAGGGGUUCGAUAGACGUGGCAGAAGAGCACUUACCAUCCCUUAUAAAAACCGCUACGGAUCUAGAGAUUCGCGGUUUAUCCGCAUCGCUCGACCAUAGAAACGAUACCAACCACCCUCACACGAGGGUAGACAACAGAUCGCCAAGAUGCCACAUAGAAACUCGAGUUCACAAAACGGAAUACAGUAGAAAAGUUUCAACGAACGAUCCAUAUUUAUCGAAGCAAAUUUUAUCUGGAUCUAUAGAGCAUCAGGUGAAGGUAGAAGAAAUAGAGGUAGAGGAUGAUCCAAUGGUCGUCGAAGGUCAUGAGGAUAAUUUUGAAACCCCCCUACCACCGUCCGAAGAACAAAUUAGACAUAUACCACCGCCGAUGUUCACGCGUGAGACCAGAUUCAAAGGACAGAAACGCGUUUCCGUGGGUAGAUCAUCGAAAUCAAAUGAUACCGAGACCAAGUCUAGGGAUCGCACUUCCUUAAGGGAUACAAACCGCCCAGAAUCCUUCGAGGAUUCGAUCUCGGUGAGCACACUCAAGCAAGAACCGAUAUACAGCAGCAAUAUCGAUCCAACAGUACCAGCGAUACAAUUGAGAGAGGAUAUAUUCGAACAGGAGCGAGAAAGCUUGGAUUCACCAAGCUGUCCAGCCAGUGAACCAGUAAGAGCUUCCGGUACCAAAAGAAAGUCUGAUGGUAUCAAAAAGGCUAUCAAUUCCGGCACUUGUACCGGUUCUGAGUCUACCAAAGAGACAAGGACGUUUUCUCAGACUGACAAGUCUCUAUACAAACCAUUCUCCUGUGACCUUUGCACUCUCGCAUUUACAAGAGCAUCGCACUUGGCAAGGCACAGGCGAGUUCACACUGGCGAGCGACCAUUUGCCUGCACGUUGUGUCCACGUAUGUUCGCCAGGCAAGACAAACUGAAGCAGCAUCUGGACUCUCAUCUUCAAUGGCCCAAGAGAAGGGCCUUGUCGAAUAUCGGUAGCGGACAUUCGGUAGCAACCGGGACUGGCAAAGGAAAACGGGGCAGACCCCGAAAGGUUUCCCUGGAGCAAUCGGCAAUGGAGGAGAUACUGAAGUUUGGUGAAUUUAGCUCUCUGCUGAACAAGUCGCACCCAUCUGAUUCACCGUGCAAGAAGGAUACGGCAACGGACUCGCCGGAUCCUGAACAGGAGCAGGAGCAGGAUGAAGAUGAUUCUAUGAUGUUCAGAAAUACGGAUAACUAUGGCUGCCAAGUGGAAAACGGUCAGGAUAUUAUUUAGAUAAUGGCAAAAAGUGAUGGCGGUACAUUCGUGGGUAUUUCCUCCCUGUGAAAAUAUUUUUCUAUACGUCAAAAUUACUUGGAUUUUUAAUUUUACGUUGGAUUAUCCCUCUGCGGAAGUGUAGACCAAACAGGAAGUGCGUCUCUAUGUUACUAAAGACAAAGACAAUGGUGCAAGGGAUACCGAUGAAAAAAAAAUGGGGGAUGCUUUUACCUAAGAAUUUGAAUUACAUAUGGACACUAUAAAAUAUUAUCCGAUCGAGUAGACACCACUAUUCGUAUAUUAUUAAUCGAGCGACGGGGUAAAAAUAGUUGAAAGAAAAUAAUGAAGAAAGAUAUGAAAAAGACAACUCGACCAAUGUUAUGUUCUAGCUAAGACUGUACAGGCUCGGCUCGAGUGAGCAGAGCUUAAGAAAAUAAUGAAGAAAUAGUUUCGGAUAUUUUGUCAUACGCGAUUGUAAUACGUCAAGUACAAAUGUCCAAGCGCUACCAUACUGGGGAUUGAUCAAAAAAAGUAAAGCUAAAAACGACUAUUUGAGGGCAUGUGUAAUCUAUGAGAAUGACGUAUGUGUUUGGAUGGAGCGCGCGUGAAUUAUUUCUGAUACGGCGAAUUGUCUUCUGGAACGAGACUUUAUGCAUAUAGUAUAUUGAGUUUUGCAGUUACGUGCGAUUGGUUAAUUCGCCUGGAUACGGCUCCGCGAGAUCGUUACGAAUUCGGCCUUAAUUAUUCGCAAGAAAAAGAAAUUACUUAUUCUCUUAGUUAACGGUCGGCUGUUCGACUUAACGCUUAAGUUCGUUAUUGUUGUACAAAACUGAGUUUUGUUUGUUGAAUUAUUGUUGUUUUAUCGUUCGUCGCGGUAUAUUCUCGACCGUGUCAUUCAUUAAUACUUUAACGUAACGUGCAAUCUUUUUUAGUCAUAACGAACUUAUCUUAUUAAUAAGACACGAAUUGAAUAUCUUCAAUACCGAUCAAACUAUGAUUUACGUGCAAUCCCGAGAUUGGCAACGAUGCCGAUUUUCAUAUCGUAUUUGUAUAUUGUGUAGUAUGUGUAAAUAAAUUCUUAAAACAAAA